AUGGGGAUUAAGGUUAGAUUUUGUGUUAGUUUCGUGGACUUCUCGUUCGAGUUGGCGCUAGAUUGUUGGUUCUGAUUCAUUUUGAUGAUUUAUUUAUUUUUGGUCCCGUUUAAUGGCGGGAUUUCUAGGGUUUGACGAAGCUAUUGGCGGAUAACGCGCCCAAGGGCAUGAAGGAGAACAAGUUCGAGGGUUACUUCGGACGGAAGAUUGCUAUCGACGCGAGCAUGAGCAUCUACCAGUUCCUGGUUCGGCCGGCUCAUUCCUCGCUCUCUUGCUUGUGUUGUUUCUUUCUCGAGGCUGGUUGUGCUGCACUGGCUUGCCCAUUGUGGGGUCAGUUGAGGCGUGUGGUUCUUUGAAAUUUCCUGUGUUGGGUUAGGCCGCAUGCCAAUAGAAUUGUUGGGUUUUCAUAGCUUUUCUGACGUUCCUCCUUUAUGAUCGUUCGUUCUGUGCGAAUGUAAGCUAACCUUUUAGCUUUAGAGUGUAAGUAAACCUUACUGGACGGUAAACUUAUGGACAAUUUAUUUCCCUUCUGCCCAGAUUGUGGUUGGAAGGACGGGAAUGGAGACACUGACGAAUGAGGCUGGUGAAGUGACGAGGUAACACUUUUCACGCUCCUUUUUUUCUUGAACUGUACGAAACAUGCGUGCAACUUCGGCCACCAAAUGUAUGGAGAAGAUGCACUUUUCGACUCUAAGUUGCCCCUACCGGCAGGGUAUCGUGGUCAUUUAGACAACUAGGGAUAUAAACUGACAAUAAAUGUCUGAUUGACUGCCAUGCCUCGUCAAGUAGGUGGGUAAAAGAAAUAAGUGACGUCUUCCUACGAUGUAAUUAUCACAUUCUGCGUGUAAUUUUGCAGUCUAAGUACAGGAAAAUUGAGAUCCUAUUCUUCUAUUUCAUGUCUGCCACAGAAAACUCAGAAGGCCACGACAUAUGAUAUACUCUAAAAAUCUUUUAAUAGCAUGCCCUGUAGCUGAACACGAUUAGCUGUUUGAGUUAACUCAAAAUGUCAACUGGGUUGUUAAUCGUUGUCAAAUUUCUUGGUGAGUUUGUGAUACUUAUUCUGUGUCCUCUAUUUGUGCAUGUAGUCAUUUGCAAGGAAUGUUCACUCGAACAAUCAGACUCUUGGAGACCGGAAUUAAGCCUGUGUAAUGCUAUUUUCUCUUUUAAUAGCAUUGCUUCCACUUUUCUUUCUUUCUUCAAUCUUCCAAAAUGGUCGUGAACUCAUUCUUCUCAAAAGUUGAAUUGCAGCUAUGUUUUUGAUGGGCAGCCACCAGAGCUGAAGAAACAAGAGCUGGCAAAAAGGCAUGCUGUUUACAGUGUAGAAAGAAUUACUUGUUUGCAUUGAUAUUUAAAAUAACAAUUGUUUGAUGACCAAUGUGUCAUGUUAUCUGGUGUACGCAGGUAUUCAAAAAGGGCAGAUGCCACAGAGGACUUGGCAACAGCAUUGGAGGUGAUUACUUAUACUUUCAUUAUUCCAUAAAUAGUUUUUUUGUAAUCUUUCCACUGGUUUUUUACUUGAACUUGAUGAUUUUACAGAAUGGAGAUAAGGAGGGAAUCGAGAAGUACAGCAAACGAACUGUUAAGGUGGGUGGCUCUUCUAUUCCACGUUGAAAUACCAUUUGAAUGGAGUGUUUGUAAAGACGCUCCUGUAUCUUCAGUAAUCAUAAAUUGUAUAAAAGUAACAGCAUCAUAUGAAUAUCUGUGUAUAUAAUUUUUAGUUUUGAUAUCUUGCAGUAGAGGUUGACUAGAUAGAUUCAAUCAAGGCAACAUUUUUUUUGGAAAAAAAUCUUUAUUAAUUCAGCGCAUGUCAUGUUCUCAGGAUCAUUAUUAUGGUUUCCUCGCAUAUCAUCAAUUUAAGAGAUAAUUAUUUAUCAGACUAUGAAGAAAAAAAUUUAUUUCAGAUGUAAUUCCUCUAACUAGAGCUACUAGAUUUGUGCUCGUGAGAAGUGCUUGCAGUUGUGCUGGGACUUCGAAUCUGAAGACGAUAUCCUCAAUCUGUUUGAGAUUACGUUUGAAAACAUAUCUAGAAACAUUAUCUUUAGUAUUAAAAGAUUAAAAAUAUUUUCAACUUCAGUUGGACAUAGCAACGAGUAUUUAUUUACUCUGCUUUCUGGACUGUAGUGUCCAACCUUGAAAUGCUCAGUGAAUUACUGCACACACACAUUCAAGCACGGCAAGCUAGAUAUUUUAGUUGAACAUGAUCUGAUUGGUUUUUCACUUCUUUUUUAUAUCAGGUGACUAAGCAGCACAAUGAAGACUGCAAACGUCUUCUUAGACUUAUGGGUGUGCCUGUGGUUGAGGUGAAUUGCUUGACUGUUUUUGAUUCAUUAUUUUUUUCUAAUAAAUUGUGUACAUUAAUCGUGUAUACACUAAAGGAUGACUACUUGCAUUAGUUACUGAUGUGUCUAGUAGUGACAUUUAUGUGUUGAGUGAAAUUAUAUGAUUCAUUAUUUGCAUCAUACUGUCGCAUGAAUGUAAAAUUGUCUCAUCUUGGAAUGCCAUCACACUUACAAAAUUGAAUCAUGCUAAUAUAUAUCUCGAGCAUCAGAAAAAAAAUCCACUUGCUUUUGGACGUUAAUAUUUCAUUUUUCUAUUGUGGUUUGUAGGCUCCUUCUGAAGCAGAGGCAGAAUGUGCUGCACUUUGCAAAAGUGGGAAGGUAGGAAAAACAGGCUGUAUGCAUCAUCUUGCGACUAGCAGAAGAUAUAUGUGUACUGUAUGUUUCAGGUGUAUGCUGUGGCAUCGGAAGAUAUGGAUUCACUAACUUUUGGAGCUCCUAGGUUUCUUCGUCAUCUGAUGGAUCCCAGUUCAAAAAAAAUUCCAGUUAUGGAAUUUGAAAUCACAAAGGUGCGUUUGAUUCUACUGCUUUAAUUGAGUUUUAGAUCCAUUGCUUUAUGCCGCAUCCUUUGUUUUCAGGUUCUGGAGCAGUUAGAACUCACCAUGGAGCAGUUUGUAGAUUUGUGCAUACUUUGUGGUUGCGACUAUUGUGACAGUAUAAAAGGUACUUUACUGUAGGUUGUUCUUAUAACUUGGGAUAUGUACGACUUUACUGGCCGUGGGACAUAGACUGUAUAUUGCAGCCUUAGAAAUCGACACCAGGGUACAGCUUACCAUAGGACUGUAUGGCUGUUCACUAUUCAUGUGUAAGAAAAGUUCAAUUAAUUGUGCCGUUAUGUGAAUCAAAGACUGCCAUGCAGUUGACUGGGCACACUGAAGAGCACUAGUUACAAUCACAUGUUGCCCUGAAAUGGAGUUGGCCUGAGUCUGGGCUGUGAACUGAGUGAUUUGGAAAAUUUUCAACCAGAUUCAUUGGUUUGACAGAUUGUGGGCUAUGAACGGUUGAUGGCUGAGUCUUUAAUGUCCGUUAGUUUCCCAAAGUUAUUACAUUUGUUAUUUUGACGAGGUCUGAAUUCAUCUUGAUGUCAAAGUUUGGAUGAACUCUAUGUCUAGGAGAAAUGAGAUUAUUGGGCUGAGUUAGUUUAUUUCGGCAUUGUUGUUUUUGUGUUUCUGACACCUGAAAGGAAACGCAAACAAAGGGUCGUUUGUCUUCCUCUUAUGAACAUUGAUAUGAAGGUAAACCGUCAUUAAUUAUAGCAUAGAAAAGUGGAAAAACGUUGAUAAUGUCAACUCGGGGCAUCAGCUGUGCUAAAUUUUAUGGAGCAAGUCCUUUAUUGAUCCCAAGUGUUGUAUCUUAAGAAACGCUUUUCUUUCCAGCUAUUUAGUGCGGAUUAAUUUGCUAUAGCAUAUCAAGAUCAUUUUUGAAGGGCUGUUGGGUUUUAGCCUUUCCUAAUAAAGUUACAUUAUGGUUCAUUCUCAUCAGCAAAUCUUAUUUGGAGUGGUAUCUACCUUACGAGGAUAGCUAACAAAUCUCAACUUCACUUUUGAGCCAGUGGUUUCUUUUGGUUCAAGGACUUCAGCCAAGCCUCUAACACCUGUCUUUUAGAUGUGUUCCAAGAGUGUAUUGCCAUAUUCUAAUAGUAGCGAAGAAAUCAGAAAUUAAAAUAAAGAUGGGUGUGUAAAGUCUCUGAAUGUCAUGUUGAUUACAUCAUGUAGCCCACAUUUUUAUUGUUGUGAAAAGCUCUCAUUAACCUUUUAUCUUUUUUUGCUUAUGUUUCAUUGUACGCUACAAAAUCUUUGCUUUCCAGUCUUGCCAAUAAUGCGUGAUUUGAGUUGUGAACCGUGGUGCUUGUUAAGUUUUACCGUUUUUAGUUCAUGUCUCCGGUUUUAGUUCUGUUCUUUGAUCUGGAAAAUUCCAAGUAUAAUCUACUUCUAUCCAUUUUUGUUGAUUUGUGAUUAGAAAGGCAUGUUCUCUGAGUCUCAGAAAAUUUGACGGUGGGCUGCUUGAUGUCUUUGGGUAGAUUAAAUAUCCUUCAUAUUCAGAGAAACUGAAAUUAAUGAAUUGCAUUUGUAUGUUUUUCAACUACAUCUAUUCUAAUUCUGUGGCUUAUGAUUAUAGGCAUUGGAGGACAGACCGCUCUGAAACUCAUCCGCCAACAUGGUUCCAUUGAGAAUAUCCUGGAGAACAUCAACAAAGAAAGGUGCAUCUCAUAAUAUUUCAUUUUGGUUUCAUUCCAGGUGGGGUAUAAAUUAACUGAAAAACUGGUACGUACACAUCUUUGUUUUGAAACUGGUACUCAUUAAAUGUCUCAUUAUUCUUUGUCUCUGAUAGAGAUGCUAAGGACUACUAAGCAAAUCCUGGAGCAACUUGUCAGUGAUUGCAUGUUCAAAUAAUCACAAUUCGGCUUUCAUUUUAAGUUUUUUCACUGUUUGCUCAAGCAUCAUUGAGAUAUGUUUUCUUAGAAAAAUUUAUGGAAACUUUUGUUUAGGUGCCAUCUCUUCUAUAGUUGUCUGUGAUCAAAUGUCAUGUAGUCCACUACUAACACCAUCAUCUAAUAUUAAAUUAUUAUCAUAAUAAAAUAGGUUCAAAUUCCUCAUUUAGAUUGAAAUAAGACCAAGAUGUUUAGUCGAAUAGCUUUAACUUUUUUUAUUUGAAUUGUGGUUGUCCAUUAAAGCCAAUGAUGAAGAUUAUUUGAUGUUGACAUUCAUUUGUGUACUUUUAAUUUAAUGUAUACACAUGUAUUUCAUCUGAUUUGUCCGUCAUAAAGUUAUUCAUUUGUAUUUUAAAACAGUCGAAUGCAUUUGAAUUUUAUACUCUUAUAGGUUACACCUGUCAUCUGACCUGGGUUUUUAGGCAGUAGAGUGAUGAGCUACUACGUUUAUUGGAUUAAAAACAUUUGACACGAGCAAUUCGUACUCGAAUAAAGGACAAUCAUCUCUGAAGUCUUCUCGAAAUGUGUAGCCUAGAGUAUGAUAAACCUCAGAAAUGCUAGGUGGAAGAGAUCUUGUUGACAGGCUUCAUUCUCCACUAGAGGAAAGGUUAUACAUCUUGCCAUAUGCUUCAUGCAUUAAUUUUAGCCAAUGCGUUGUAAACCUUUCAUAUGAUUUUUUCAAUUGCUCAGUCCAGCCUUAUUUUCUUCUGCUUGUGGGGUGAACAUUUGAAGGUGAUUUGAAAGGUGGGAUUUCGGGGAAAAGAAUGGAGCAAAAUAAUUGAUGCAUUUGUUCAUACUAAUUAGUUAUUUAGUCGCACGCUUCCCUCACAGUCGCUUGCCAAAAACCCAUUAGAAACAACUUUAUGACAUGAAAGAAUCGAAGGAAACAUGUUGUGGGGUUGUAAUAAGAUGAAGACGCCACUGGAGAACCUAGUUGAAUGUUGGUGUCUUUCUGGGUACAGUAGUCCGCAGGUUACUAUACUUCACCAAGUUGUACUUGGGGAGUGUAGUAAGUAGUUCAUCAUUUGGCUCAUCCCAUCUCUUUUCCCUCUGAUGCUUACAUGUGAGUAUUUUCUAAUACAGGUAUCAUAUACCUGAUGAAUGGGCAUACAAAGAAGCGCGGCAGCUUUUUAUGGAACCAUUAGUGUCUGCUCCUGAUGAACAAUCUGAACUCAAGUGGACGGCCCCAGAUGAGGAGGUGAUUAAAGCCCUAGAAUUAUUAUAAUUGUAUCGGACCUUUUGUGAAAUAUUGAAGGAUCAAUUUUUAUUUUUCAGGGUCUCAUAAAAUUUCUAGUCAAUGAAAAUGGUUUCAACAAUGACCGAGUGACAAAGGUACGUUCAUUAUUUCAUCUUACAGCCCAUUUAGCCUGCUGUUAUCAUUUAUUUUUUAGCCAUAGCAAAGCUGGAGCUUUGAGUUUGAGUGUUCCGUUUUUCAUUUUGCAGGCUGUAGAGAAGAUUAAAGCAGCAAAGGAUAAAUCAUCUCAAGGCCGGUAAGUACAUGCUGCUGACAUUGCAUUCUGACAAUAUGUCCUUCCAUCAAUUUCUGACGUUAUGUACUACUGUUCACAGCUUGGAAUCCUUUUUUAAGCCAGCAGUGAGCUCAUCGUUGCCAAUCAAGCGGAAGGUAUGUGCUUCAAUUACUCACGUUUUGUUUAAAGUGGGUAGUGAAAAAAUUACCAUAUCCGUAAAAAAUGUCAUUUCCUGUAUCCUUUAUCCAUAUCCAUUUCUUGUUCCAUGAUUUGGUGAUGUUCUCACUGUUGGAACUUCCACUCUUUCUUUUUACCCCUGGACACCAAUUGUUUGGUCCAGAGCCGAGUCUUGGCUCUAUGACUAGCUUCUGCUCUCUUAGCCAAAGGUGCAAGGCUUCUUUAGGCAAGAUAAAUGGUUCUUAACUGAUUAUAAGGAAUUUGGAUAAACAGAAACGAGAAGAGAAGAAGAAGAAACUCAGAAACCCUAGGCUUGGAUGUGACUAACGGAGAAAUUUCUCACACCCUGGUUCCCCGGGCUAGGUUACGUUUAUUCUAUUGGGACGGUGGCCAAGUGCAUAGGAGGGCCCAAAAGAGAAUGGACGUAACACGAUGAGAAUGAACUCUUCUUGAGGGGAAGAAACAUUGAAAAAACACUGUCGAGCGAUUUUGUAGCCUUCUACGAAGGAGGCUACUUUACUUUUAAAUUUUUAGCUUAGACACGAAGUACCCUUGUUGGCAUUGCUUCAUCUCUGAUGUAAACCACUGAAAUACCGAUAUUUGGACUGAUUUGCAUUCAUUUCUACUAUGAUAAGAUAAGGGGUUGCUAAAAUGGUAGUAUGAGAAAAUAUUAUGAUUGAGAUAACUCUUUCCCCAGAUCAGGGUUUUGGAUUUCGUUUGUUUACGAACCCUUCACCUGCUUCCCCCAUCUUAACACCAUUCUCCAUAUGUUCAAAUGUGUUGUUCUUAUUUUCUUAAUGGGUCCUAAUGGUUGGACUUUGUUUUUGGUCGUAGCUCGGGAUUUAUAUGCUUAUUUGAGCUUGCAGCAAAACAUCCGUGAAAUAUGAUGCUUGAUUGUGUCUAGUCCAAAAAUUUAAAAUCUAUACCUUGAGACUAAUCCUCAGGGAAAUAUGGAUUGCCCAGGAAACUGCUCAUCUGGAUCCACUGCUUCAGGUUAUUCUUGGGGGUUCUGUCAUCUGAUUUCUUGGGGGUUGGAGGGUGGGUAUCCACUCUGAUCCUUGAGAUUUAAAUAGCAACCAAUCGAACUGGUGGGCAAUUGAGCCAUCUCGCUAAGAUUUACCGAUUCCUGGCUUGAUCUGGCUUCGUAAAAGGUCACCUAUCCCUCUCCAAACCGCCCUUCUUGCAGUCAGCUGAAGGUGUACAUCUGUCUGUCAAUAGGGGAGAAGAAGGUGAGAAUUGACAAAAACAAAAGUUCGAGGGAAGAAUCGGAAAAAGACAUCCGUAGAUGAGCUGCUGUAGCUUGUUGGUUCCCAAACUUCCUGUCCUUCAGAAUAGAUUGUCCUUUGGUGAUUCUGAUCCCAAUCCAGAUUUGAUCGGGCCAAACCAAUCUCUGGUUUCGAUCCACUAUGCCUUCAAUCAGCUUCGCUGCACGUCGGGUUCAAGGCAUUAGGGAUGUCUAGACGUAUUGACAAUGGUACUUAAAAUUCUGUGUCGAUGACCGACCACUGUUUAUGCCUGUAUAUUUCUUCAGGGCACUUCAUUCUGAUGACCACGAUCACUGCGUGAUAGCUCAGUCUGCUCCCAUGAUAACAACCCAUCCGGCCUUGAUUCUGGCACCGUUACCAGGAACCUGUUCUGUCAUCUUUGCUCUGACCGCUGUGCGCCAUCUCAUUCUCACUUGCCAUCUUAUUGAUGUAUUAGUUUCAUCUCUUAUCCUCAUUUUGCUACUUACAUCAUCCAAUUGUUACUGAAGAUGAGGGCAUACAAUCGUUUUCCAUGUGGCUUACUUUCGUAAUAAUUAUCUAAGCUUUCUAUUUGAAAAACUGCAUCUGGAGGAUCUUAUUUUUUUCAUGUUAUCGUUGGUCCUCGUGGAAAUUUUGAGCAUGUUCACGUCAAGAAAAAAAAUAUUAAUCUGUAUUUAAAUUAAGUACAGAAUGAACAAUACUACUACUACUACGUCCGUGGUCACCUUGUUCAGCCCUGCUGCUGUAUUUGGUUUGAUCAGCAUUCAUGCUUUCUGUAACUCUAUUCUCUCUGGGUGACAGAAAAAUCAAUGCAUGCUGGGGGUUCCUAAUCAAGUACGCAACUCUAAGUUGAUCUCACUGCAAGCUGUUACUCAUCGGAACGCUAAAGUUCCUGGCAGCUUGCUUCGGUCUGCCCUGGGGAUCGGAUUAGAACGCUUGAAGGCUUUUCCGCAGGGUUCUUGCUUCAGCAUAUGAUGCCAAGAACAUCUCCUAAUCCUCAUUAUCUACCAAUUACUUUUUUCUCGAGGUAUUCAAAUUCUUCAAAAUUGCCCAUUUUCGGGCAAGAUUGGUGUCUGGUUUCUUUUUCCUUUGCCACAUUUCAUCUGCGCACACUUCCAAGCCUUCCUGAUAUGAUCGUCAGUUUAGAGCUUUUCUUAUUCCUUUGAGAAUCACCCGGAGGCCAUACGAUCCACGCAGAAAUUGCAUCAAAAAUAUUGCCUGCGGCGUUUGAUCCCAAUCAUUGUUCUGUGGUGCAAUCAGAAUCUCGAAACUGAGAUGGGCAUUCUCAUUUUUGUCGGAUUACAUUCUUUCCGUUUUCCAGCUUUUGUUGGUGAAUCGAUCGAAAUUGGGUUGCUUUUGUUAGCGAGGCUUUGAAUGUGUUCUUUCCAUUCCUGUAGAAUUCUUAUGAAUCGCCUUCUUUGGAAGAGUUCUGAUAAGUUUCUCGAUGAUUUCUCCCCCAGGAGACAGACACGAAGACAGCCAAGGAAUCUGCGAGCAAGAAGUCAAAGCCCCCUGCUGGGAAGAAGAAGAAGAAGUAG